AUGUCGGAACCUCCUCCCCUUAUACUCGGUAUGAUGCCCGAAGAGAUCUGGGAUUUCACCUUUCCAUAUCGUGUUGACUCCGAUACUACCGGUUAUGACUAUCUCGGUCAUGCAUCAAACGUGAUUACAAGCCCUUCGUCUUCCAACACCUCUUUCGAUUCAAGGAAUUCGAUUCCACGGUCGACUUGUAUUCAAACAUGGUAUUCCGAGCCACUAGGCGACGCGCACGCCUUUUCUGAUGAGCCUAAGCUCUUUAGUCGGUCCACUGGCAAUACUGUUGAUCCCUCCAUGUUCAGUGUGCCGUCUGGCUCGAGAGAAUCAGAGAGGGUAAGCGAGUCUUCGAGAAGGACGUCUGGCCUCUCCAAUGUUGGAUCUCCCAUGUUGGUAUGUGAUGUUUGCGAGGAGCGGUUCAAGGGUGAUUAUCGUAAGAAGAACCUGACCCGACACAUGCUCAGUAUGCAUGGCGAUAACAAGCUCAUCGUCUGUGAGGUACCGGGCUGCCAACGCUCCUACAAACGAAGCGAUGCAGUAGGGGUGCACAAGAGGAAGGCACAUCCAGACAUCGCACCGCCGUUGCUGCCUCGCAAGAACGCAGUGAGAUAG